GGUAGCGGAUGUUUGUUCAGAUAGAAUUUGUGAAGGUAGUUUGCAAAAGUCAUGUCAGUAGGCAGUAGGUGCACAUGCUUGAUUUUCCUGAUGAGGAGGAUGAAGAGGAUGUGGUGCGUUGAGAAAAAGUAUUUUUACCCUUUGAGUCAUCGUCGACUGAGGCCUAACUGAGAUGCCAACGCAAAAAGUUGGUGGUUAGCUUGAUGAUGUGUGACAUUUACCGAUGCGGUGAUUGCCGAAAUGGAAGAUGAACCAGUUGCAGAAACAAAGCUAGGCCUCAUCGACCUGCUAUGCAUUGGUGUGGGCUCCACCGUGGGCUCUGGAGUCUUCGUACUGACUGGGCAGGUCUUGCCCAUCGCAGGCCCUUCGGCCAGUCUCAGCUGGGUUUUCGCCGGCAUCGCGUGUUUGCUCAGUGGCUUUGCCUACAUGGAGCUCUCAGCUCGUUUGCCCACGCGCGGCUCCUGCUACACGUUUUCCUACCAUGGCCUGGGCGAGCUUUGGGCCGUGAUUGGGGCCUUCUGCAUUACCCUGGAGUAUGGCAUUUCAGGCGCCGGCGUGGCCCGGAACUGGUCACAGAAGAUGGGCAGUUUCUUAGGUGAUGAGUACAAGCACACCGUCUUCUUUUACUUUGGCAAGGGCACCUGGCCUGCUGAUGCCACAGCAGCACAGUUGGCGGACAACUACGCCAGGACUGACGACAACUAUCUUGAUCUCUCAGCUGCUUUCUUGACAGCGGGAUGCACCUUGCUGUUGAUGGGCGGCCUCUCAUUGAGCAAGGCUGUGGUGAACUUUAUGACUUUUCUGAAAGUCCUGCUGGUGAUUUUCAUGGUGAUUUGCGGCUUCACUGGUGCCUCGCAGAACAUUUUUGAGUCUGGAGAAGUCUUUGCACCUGGCGGCAUCAAUGGUGUGAUCAACGCGACGACCUUGCUCUUCUUCGGCUUCAUUGGCUUCGACGAAGUGUGCUGCUUGUCCUCCAAGGCGAAGAAUGCUUCUCGAACGAUGCCCUUGGCGCUGAUUGGCACGCUGGCCAUCGCGGCGAUGGUGUCUUUCACAGCUCAACUGGCCAUCUCGUUGAUCUCCCAGCCGGGCCAAGCCAGCGACUUUGGUGUGGCCUUCGAACAGAUGGGUUGGACGGUGAUCUCGUGGAUCGUCCGCCUUGGUGAGCUGAUCUUGUUGCCACUGGUGGUGCUUCUCAGUAUCCUCCCUCAGCCUGAAGUCUCAGCGGCUAUGUCAACUGACAGGUUGAUCCCAUCUAUUUUCCGGAGGCAGGCCAGCGAUGGGACGUUUGUGUGGGGCUUGGCCUUGACAGGAUUGAUUGCUCUCACUGCUUUGGCAUUGGCCUGUCCUUUCAGCAUUCUUUGGGAUGUGAUCAGCUUGGGUGUCUUGCUCAGCUUCAAUCUCAGCAACGCUUCAUUGAUCAACAUCCGCUAUGGCAAUGGUGGCGCGGUGUGCCAGCCAAGGGUCGCCAAGCUGGUGCGUGUCCUUUUCGUUUCUGCCAUUGUGGCCGGCUACAUCAACUGGAAGGAGAUUCUCCAUGUGACCCUAACCAGCUCAACGCAGCCCGAGCUUUGGGCUUUGAUCCUGGGACCAGCUUUCUCAGCCUUGACGGUCUUCUUGACUGUCUACAUCGCUUGCUACUGUAAACAAGUUCAGGACAAGGACCAGGGUGACAUUUUCAAGGCACCGCUGGUGCCAUACAUUCCAGCCCUCGGCAUCUACGUCAACGCGACCCUGAUGGCUGGAAUUAGCUGGACCAACCACUUGGUGUUUGCAGCCUUGCUUGCUGCUUGGUUGCUUUUGUACCUCCUCUACCCAUGUAUGGCACGAGCCAGGAAAGAGGCCAAGGAGGUGUGUGGUGAUGACGGCGACCUUUAAUGGACGUAGAGAUGGCCAGAGGUCAUAGUCUUCCCGCGCUGGUGCCGUGGAGCUGGCUCCAGUCUUUUUCGCUGAGCAGCAGGGCUGAGGGAUGAGGCCCACUUCGUCGUCAUUUGACCCUUUGACCCUUUGCUGCCUUGAGCGAAGAUAUCUUCCAGAAGAUGUCUAAAACGGGUGAGAAGCUGUCGACUGUCUCACCCUACGAUGGAUGACAGAAGAGACCACGAAGGUGGUCCAUGUUGCUGUUGUGACUCAGCUCAGCUCGUGUCGAACGGAAGCGAAGACGGAAAGGACAUGCUAAGAGGAAGACACGGAUCCAGCUCAGCAACCAACCCGUGUGUUGGACCCAACCAAGCCGCCAAAGUGGCAAUGAGGUCACCACACGCAUUUGACAAGGUCACUUAGGGAUGGCAAAUUCCGGC